AUGGAUGAACUUGAUAUUGAAAAUCAUAGGCUUCAACAACUAUUAAAUUCCUCUUUGUCUCAAGUAGAUAGUUUAUCUAACGAAAUUUAUCAUUUAUCUUCUUAUUUAUCUCACAAUAGACGUUGA